AUAAGUCUUCCGUACCCGUCGGACGUCACUUCUGCUUGUUGCAGUGAGCAGUGUACCGUACGACCUUGCGAACUUGUGAGGUUUUAAGAGCUUGCAAGAGCAAAUUUAAGCUCCGUUACGAGAAUGGCAUCCGAGACGAAGCUAACCACUGUUCCAUUUGACCCCCGCUUUCCCAAUACCAACCAGACGAGGAACUGUUGGCAAAACUACGUCGACUUUCAUCGUUGCCAGAAGGCUAAGGGCCAGGAUUACGAGCCAUGCAACUACUUCAAGCGGUUCUACAAAACCCUCUGCCCCAAUGCCUGGAUCGAUAAAUGGGACAGCCAGAUCGAGGAAGGCUGUUUUCCUGCAAAGAUUUGAGCGUCGUCUAGUCUUCCUGUUUUAGGGUACAGUAAACAAAAACGGAAUGUCUCCAUGCUUCGAGUGCAUCCGUCUCUUCUUGUGUAUAGAGCCAAUGAAAGCACAAAAUUGAAA